CUCACACAUAAGAAACGCUGAGCUCGAUAAUUCUCUCUCCUCUGUCUCCAUCGCCAUUUGUUCUCUCAGUAUCCAAAUCUCUCUACUCUGAAAAUUAUCGUCUCUCUAACUGAAAAUGAGUUCGGGGAAAAUCGAUGUGCGUAGUCCUGCAUUUCCGUUGCUUUUUCUCGUCGCGAGCAUUUUCAUCGGCGCCAGUCUUCCCCGCGUUUCGUCGCAGAAUUCCACUUCAAUCGAGCAGAUUUUCCAGUACGAUAGCUACAGGGAGACGUGUCCAGAUGCGGAGAAGAUAGUGUGGAGUAAAAUGGCGGAUAUCGUUUCUGGAAACGAGAACGCCACGGCGCAACUGCUGAGGCUUCUCUUUCACGAUUGCUUUAUUCAGGGAUGUGAUGCCUCAGUGAUGCUAAAUGAUACCAUGGGGAUGCCCAAUCAAACUACAGAACGACAUGCUGACCCGAACAAGACUCUAAAGGGGUUUGACUUCGUUGAGGAAAUAAAAGAAUUGGUUGAGAGCGAAUGUCCGGGGGUGGUUUCUUGUGCUGACAUCCUUGUUCUUGCAACUCGAGACGCGAUUGCUUUGUCCGGUGGACCUUAUUACCCGGCUUUCACUGGCAGAAAAGACAGCACCCGUUAUUAUACCGCUGAGGCUACUGAGGAAAUUCCGAGACCAAACAGCAACAUAUCCGAAACCCUUAGAUUGUUUGCUCAACGUGGAUUUAACGAGAGGGAGACUGUAGCUCUUUUAGGGUCCCACAACAUUGGUCGGAUCAACUGCGGUUUCAUAGCAUCGAGGAUCAACAUGUUCGACAAUGGGGCCAUCCCUCUCGAUUUCCUUCGAAAGAUGAGAACGACUUGUCAAGUCCCAACUAGCAGCAUGAGAAACUCUGAAAACAAGUUAAAGGUGAAGCGUGUAUAUGAAACUUCACGAAGCAUGCAAUAUUACGAGGGACUUUCGUCAUCUUCAGGCCAGCUUCCCGGAGGUGGAUUUGGCAAUCACUAUUAUCAGGCGCUACUAAAAGGCAAAGGCAUUCUGACUGCCGACCAAGAACUGAUGGCGAACGAGCAGACAGCAAAAGCGGUUUUUGAGUAUGCUGAGGAUGCAGAUAAAUUUAGGUUUGACUUUGCAGGUGCAAUGAUGAAGCUGUCCAAUCUGAAUGUGCUCGUCGGGCCAGCUGGAGAGGUGCGGAGAAUCUGUUCUAGUGUGAACUCUUCUUAACUGGAUUUCCUUUAGAUGAAUGUUCGUUUGUGAAUUCUUCAUCGAUAGCUGCUUGUUAAUGAGCUAGUGUAAAUUCAUCUUUAGGCAGUUGCUCUGAGGGACUUGUUUUCGAACUUUGGGUUAAUGCAGUUUGUAAUGAACUAAAACCUUGAAGCUCUUUGCAUAUUCUGAUAUGGUUGGGAUCUUGAAUUGUAUUCUCUUUUUUGGAUUUUAUCUUCCUUUUCAAAUGCUUGGCUAGAAAGCAAAGGAAGUUGAGAAUGGGAGAAUUAUUGUGCUUUUUUAGCCUGUGAAUGAAAGAAGCUCUGGUUUUGAGUUGGCAUUUGGAAUUA